UUCAUUUCGAAAGGAGCAGUGUAUUUGGAAGUUUUUUUCUCGGGACCUGAAGACACGUAAAAACGAGUUCUGAAUCGGAGUCAUGGCAACGGUUGACAUUGAAGAACAAGAUCCUCUCUCUGGGCAGGGAGGGGGGAGAAAUAUGCAGGAGGACGACGAGAACAGGGGAUGUUGUGUCAAAUUCCAGGAGACUGUAUCCAGGUGGAUGCUCCCAGAGGAUUCCCGUAAUACAUACCUGGAGCGUGCCAAUUGCUGCCCACCGCCGAUUUUCAUCAUCCUCAUCAGUGCUGCCGAGCUGGCUGUGUUUAUCUACUACGCGGUGGUGGGGAAACCGCAGAGCCAGUGGAUGACGCUGGAGAGGGAGAUCUGGGACAGUCCACUGACAUAUCAACCUGAGCACAGGGAAGAGGCCUGGCGUUUUAUCUCCUAUAUGUUUGUGCAUGCCGGGGUGGAACAUAUCGCUGGUAAUCUGAUCAUGCAGCUUCUCCUGGGCAUCCCUCUGGAGCUGGUACAUAAAGGAUUUGAAGUAGGCAUGGUUUACUUGGCUGGAGUCCUUGCAGGCUCUCUUGCAAGCUCCAUCUUUGAUCCUCUCAGUCCUCUUGUGGGGGCCUCAGGCGGUGUCUAUGCUCUCAUGGGGGGCUACUUCAUGAAUGCCGUAGUGAACUUCAGGGAGAUGAUUCCCGUGCUGGGAGUGUUCCGUAUCCUGGUGAUCUUGCUUAUAGUUGGAACAGAUAUGGGCUUUGCUCUUUACAGACGAUUUCUCUCAAACGACGAAGGUUUAAGGGUCUCGUUUGUGGCUCAUAUCGGGGGUGGAAUUGCUGGCAUGACCAUCGGUUAUGUCUUCUUCAGCAACUAUAACAAGAAACUCCUUAAAGACCCGCGUUUCUGGUUCUGCAUCGUCGGCUACAUCGUCUUCCUCUUGUUUGCCGUUCUCUUCAACAUCUUUCUGUCUCCAGCAAAUUCAUAGGGCUCUUUGGUACAGGAAUGAAACUCCCAGAAGUUCAAAAAACAAAAACAAAACACCUCAAGUUUAGUGAGAUGUCACUAUGAGCUUUUAAAAUUACAUUUCAGUUGUUGUUGUGCAUGAGGUUCAUUUUUAUUAAUUUAGAUUUAGUUAUUGCGUUGAGUAGAUUAGCAUUCAGGCUUCUUUGCUUUCGGCUGGUUAACAUAUUUCGCCAAAUUAGCUAGUGCCUUGAAUACUGAGAAAUGAGGUGUUUACAUAGUGAAUCAUUUACUGACAGUGUUGCGGAGUAGGUUCUCCCUCAGGAAAUACUUGUUGGCAAGCAAGAGCUUGUUGUAUUGUGUGUUUGUGAUCACAGGGUAAAAAAAAAGAAAA